CGUGGUAACCCGCACCAGGCACGGCAAAGAGGACCUGCCUGAGCCUCUGCUGGCAGCUCUGUUCCCAACCAGCACAGAGUUUGUGGAGCCACAGGGCUUCAACAGCGCUCCAGCCAUGGAGCCUCCACCCAGGGGCAACUACUUUUACCCCGGCUACUACAACCUGGGAAUGUACCAGGUGAAAAUAAGAUCUGAUUCUGUGCAGCGUGCAGCAGCAGAAGUAGAAGACGGCGGCCACGUUGCGGAAAGAGAUCCAGGCCUCGUGGAUGACAUGAACCAUGAUGGCAACAUCAACCCCGAAGGUGAAGGGAACCGUGAAGACGAUGGGAACCACGAGGUCAAUGAGAACCACGAGAUCGACUGGAACCACGAGGGCGGCGAUGGCGGCCAGGAGCCUGGGCAGCAGCAGCCUGAGGAGCCAGCUCAACCGGCGGCUGCCGAGGCUCCGCAGCCCCAGAACGGGCAGCGACGAAUCCAGCGCGUUAAGUUCACACCAUGGCAGCUGCAGGAGCUGGAAAGUGCUUUCCAACACACUCAAUACCCGAAUGCGCUCACAAGAAGGGAGCUUGCGAGACGCAUAGAUGUGACUGAAGCCAGAGUGCAGGUUUGGUUUAAGAAUAGAAGGGCCAAGUGUAGGAGAAAUGAGAGGGAAGCAAUGCUCAGAAAUGCACCACCUGUUUCCCCGAACCACGUUGUCAUCCUAGUGUUGGAUGGGCCCUAGAAUGCCAUCCUUUUUCAGAAGCCAGAUUGGAGAAGGGUUCUUCUGGUGCCAUUGACACAUGGGCAGCCCAUGCUGCCCAUGUCACCCUUACCUCCUCCACAAUUGUAUUACCAAUAAAGAGGUAAAUUCUCAA